AUGGCAGACUGGCCUCGCCAGCCAGCACACUUCCCCAACUGCAACCCAUUUACAUCGAGCAACUAUGCUUCCCGCAAUUCUGAACGGCAGCCACAGCAGGACGCCUCGCCAAAAACCUCGCCCCGACUUGGCCCUGCAAUUCAUAUCAGAGAUAUGAGCAAUACCAGUGACAACAAUGAUGCUAGAGAACGACCUUUUAACCGAGUUAAGUUUACUCUUGGUUCGGAUGGAUCGGAUUCGAGCUCAGAAGAGAUCCCUCUGCGGGAUUAUGUGGAUAGCUAUACUCCCCCUGAACCCCAGGCGCCUGCAUUUGUCCACAGGCCCUCUCUUCCUACAUUUAAGUCUUCUGAAUUCAUCCCCAUGUAUAAAAAUCGAGACUCAUUAUCCGCACAAUCCUCUCCAAGAGCAAGCCCUGUUCCAACCCCCCUUGGCAGCCCCGGGAGACCUCCAUCCCCAAUAUCAACAGCUCAAUCAACAGAAUCAUCAAAAACUAAAAACAAGGCAAUUCAGGCAGCCUACGAGAAAGCCCAAAAUCUUGCUUCGCAGGUUCGAAGAGCAUCAUACUUUCAUCGUCGUCGGAGGUCAGAUGAGGAGUCUUUAUCUCAGGAUCUUAUUGAGCCCCAUCAUGAAGGACGGCAUUAUAUAGGAAGGUCAGCAUCAGGAUCCAAAGCAGCAUAUGAGCACGAGAAAGACCGAGCACGGCAGUUCACACUUCGUGCCGAGGAAGCCAAUGGUAUUGUGAAGAGUAUACGUGCCAGGGCAGAACCCAAGAGCAGGCGGCAUUAUUCUAUUGACACAGAAUCUAGCGGCUCGCAAUCACCACCCGUACAACAUGGACGGAGUAUCCUGACGGAUAUUCUUCGAUUGGGCCAACUUCAAGAGGCAGAAGCAAACCGUACAUCACAACAGCAAAUUCCAACACCGCAAGCAAACACCACCUCCCCUCUCCUUGCACCCCAUAGUGCUCCCACUUCUGGGAAAACAACUCCGGGAAAAUCCACUCCACGCCCCAAGUGGUACGAGAAGAACAAGAAUCCAUCCGCACUGUCACUUAAUACUCUUGGCUCGGAGGCUACUUUGACUGGCGGUUGUUUGGGCGCUGAGUCCGCAGGACGGCCAGAGCUCAAACGAUCUCGAAGUAGUGGUUUAAUGGUUAAUGCUGUGAAGAAGAUAUGCAACAAACCCCGUCUCGAAGACGAGAUUCGUCUUACAGUGCAUAUUGCGGAAACAAUUUCUCGACAACGGUACCUGGAAAAGCUGUGCGACGCCCUGAUGGCCUAUGGAGCACCUACACAUCGGCUCGAGGAGUGUUUACGAAUGACGUCCCGUGUGCUUGAGCUUGAUGCUCAGUUCCUAUAUCUCCCAGGCUGCAUGUUUGUCUCAUUCAAUGAUACAUCCACACACACCACCAGUUUGAAACUACAGCGUUGCGAUCAAGGCGUGGACCUGGGGAAGCUACAAGACGUCCAUCAGAUAUAUAAAGAUGUGGUGCACGAUAUGAUUGGCGUCGAGGAGGCAAUGCAGCUCCUGGAAGAGCCCAAAAACGAGAAGCCGAGAUACAACGUGCUGACCUUAAUAUUCCUGUUCGGACUUGCCAGUGCUGCUGUUGGGCCCUUCGCGUUCACCGGCCGUGUGAUUGAUCUCCCCGUCUCCUUUGCACUUGGCUGUAUACUGGGUGCGCUCAAGUACAUUGCCGUCCCGCGCUCCCGUCUGUAUGCCAACAUAUUCGAGCUCACUGCCGCCAUGCUCCUCUCGUUUCUCGCUCGUGCGAUCGGAAGCAUCCGCCAUGGCCCAGGGGAUGACCGUCUCUUCUGUUUCCCCGCACUCGCCCAGUCCUCUAUCGCCCUUAUCCUGCCUGGCUUCAUGGUUCUAUGCAGCAGUCUCGAGCUACAGUCACAGAACAUUCUCGCCGGCUCAGUCCGUCUUGUCUAUGCCAUUAUAUACUCUCUUGUACUUGGGUUUGGAAUGAUGCUGGGCACGACUUUCUACGGCAAAAUCGACCACGACGCCAGUUCGGCGUAUGUAUGUCCUACCAGCCCCAGCCAAAACGAAUAUGCGCAUAAUUUCCCGUCGGUGAUAGCGUUUACCGUCUGCCUCACGCUGAUCAAUCAGGCAAAAUGGAAGCAAGUGCCCGUCAUGGCCCUUUUCUCGUUUAUCGGAUAUUUGGUAAACUUCUUUAGCAGCAAGGCGUUCCCGCGUAACCUGCAGAUAGCAAACUGCAUGGGCGCGUUUGCUAUUGGCAUUAUGGGUAACCUCUACAGUCGGCUUGGCCACGGCCUGGCUGCCGCCGCCAUGCUGCCUGGAAUACUGGUUCAGGUACCCUCUGGACUGGCGGCAAGCGGCUCUCUAGUCUCAGGCCUUGCGUUCGCCAACCAGGCUAACUCGGUAGGCCAGACCGCUGCAAACCAGACGGCGAGCGCUGCAACUUCGACAAUAGCCAGUGCCGCAACGACAGCAAUAGCGUCCGCUCUGGCAGGCCAUCCCGGUGGGUCUGGUAACCCUAGCGACGCAGCGUUCCAGGAUCUGGCAGCCCGAAUUGGCUCGAGCAAGGUGUACGGUGAUGUCGUUUUUGAUUUAGCAUACGCGAUGAUUCAAGUGAGCAUUUCCACUACGGUUGGACUAUUUCUCGCAGCGUUGAUUAUUUAUCCCGAGGGAAAAAGGAGAAGCGAGCUCUUCAGCUUUUGA